AUGAAACACCCAUAUCAGCAGCUCCUCUCAAACAAGUCAGGAACUCUCUUGUUCACAGCAGUGCAGAACCACAUCCAGAUAUACUCCUUGUCCGAACAAACAAGGCUCAUCUCAUCAUGGCACGAUGAGUUGAAAUCCCAGCACGUCAAUGCCCAAAUUCAAAAACGCACGGGGAGAGCCACCACGAGCGCACGCAUCCACAACUACAUUAAAUCACUAGCGUUGUCGCUGGAUGAACAGUAUCUCGUCGCCACGGCAGACAGCGACAAAUCCGUGCUUAUAUUCGACAUCAGCAACGGCGGGCAUUUGCAAUUGAUCAAGCGUCAACCGCUUCCGAAACGGCCCAGCGCCGUGACGAUCUGGCGCGACGUGGUGCUCGUAGCGGAUAAAUUUGGCGACGUGUAUCGCGUCAAGCUCGAUAGCGAUGCGCCGGUCAGCGAAGAUAAGUUGGAGUUGGUUUUGGGGCAUGUCAGCAUGUUAAAUUGCUUGGUUGUCGCGCAGUCGGGACAGGGCAAGACUUUUUUGAUUACGGGGGACCGUGAUGAGCAUAUACGAGUGACGAAUUACCCUAAGCUGUACGUGAUACGCGGGUUCUUGUUUGGACAUCAGGAGUUUGUCUCGCUGUUGAAGUUGUUAUCGGGUGCGGACUCGCACGAAAGCCCGGGGCUGGUGCUUGUUAGUGGUGGUGGUGAUACCGCUGUGUUUUUCUGGGACUGGUACGAAGGUAAAUUGUUGGAUCUGAUUGAUUUGGUAGAUUAUUUGGGUGGUUAUUUGAAUGAUUUCCAUUUGAGUUCCGCGUCAGAUCUAGUGGCGAAGCGGGAAAUGCUCAAGAGUGAGACAACUGAGACAAACGAGAAGGAAGACGAGAAGCAGAAUCAAACAAACGAUGACAAUGACAACAAUGACAAUGACAAUGACUAUGACAAUGACAAUGACAAUGGCAAUGAUGACGAUGUUGAAGAAGAGGAAAAACAAAAGUACGAAAUAUCGGUCCUGAAAAUCGAUACACUCACAAUAGACAACCAACAAUACAUCGUGGUGCUCGUGGAAAACACCGCGUGUCUCAUUAUAUUGCAAUUUGACCUUGAAGAAAAGAAAGCAUGGCUUGCACAAAUAGUUAAACUUUCCCAUGCGGCAGUGACAUUCGCCGUCGCCAACGAUAAGCUCGUUGUGUCAUUGGACGCGCAAAAUAAUGACAUUUUGCAAAUGUACAAAUUCGACGCUGGCCAAUUUGUCGUUGAUGAUGAUGACGAGGAAGGCAAGAACGGCGUGAAAUGUAUUGUCGAGCUGGACCCUGUUGAUUUGGAUGAACGUGAGUGGGGUUCUAACUUGUUCACGUUGGCGUCGUUGCGCAAGAGAGGCGAGCACUAA